AUGAAAUUAAUAUUAAUCUUCUCAUUAAUUACAAUAUGCCAAUCAACGUUGCUCAAUGGACUUCAGAAUUGCGCUAGUUGUCCUUAUGCUACUCCAAUAGCUUAUAGACAGCCUUCAGGAGCUUUUCCUCUUCCAUCUGAACGAUAUGUAUUUGGGCGUCCACAACAGCCUUAUCGACAACAGGCUUACCAAAACCCUCCCGCUUACAUUAUGACAAAUCCAGUACCACAACAACAACUUUUUUUCCAACCUGGCGUCGUAGCUCCACAGCUUUAUGUAACUCCUCCACAAGCUUAUGCUACUCCUCCACAACUAUAUGCUACUCCUCCACCUGUCUAUGCUACUCCUCCACCCAUAUAUGCAACACCUCCACCAACUUAUCCAACACCACGACCUACUUAUCCAACUCCUCCACCAACCUAUCCUACUCCUCCUCCAACAACAACAACAACAACACCACCACCACCCAAAUGUUUCAUAAACCAAUAUGGCUACAAGUGCUGCAACGCCGCCCUGAUGUCAGCCAUAACGCAGCUUAUGAAUACUCCAACAAAUCAACAAAAAUGGAGAAAUUGUAACAUGAUGAAACAGGCGAUAGAUAUGAAAAAUUCAUUGGAAGAUAUGUUUGGAAGAUCAUUUGAAGCAGUUAUUUCGCCAUCUGAGAUCGCCAAUAAGAGCCGAUACAUGGGAGAUUUUAUGUGUAAAUCUCGUUCUCCUGAUGGAAAGGUAGUAAUGGUCUAUGCAGCUGGUAAUCAAUAUACCAUUGGUCCAGGACCAUCCAGACCAUUGACAGAAGAAGAAAUCCAAGCCAAAGGAUGGUCAGCCAAGGACAGAGAAGUUACAGAUUUUGAAUAA